GCUGAAAUCCAUCCAUACGCGAAUUUAACUAGUGUAUUGACAUUCCAUACUAAAAAAGCUCUCUGUAAUUUUAUUACCGUUCUCUGUAAACUAUAGCCGUUAACCUUUCUCGUCUUCUCCAAUGGGGACGCCGCUUGGCGAUCCUCCACCGAAUCCUCUCAAUAGAAGCCCUCAAUUCAGCGGGGGUAAUCCCCUACCUAUCUCUGCCAAUGGCUAUCACCAAUCUUAUGCAGCCUCUCUUACAGAACCCUCCUCUUCUGCAACCCCAAAUCGUCAAGAGCAAGGGAUGGUGAUGGCUCGAAGGUCAGUUCACAACGGGAUGCCAGCGGUGAUCUUCAAAGCAUCUGAUUGCAAUGGAAUCAUGGCAACUCCGUGUAAAAGAACGAUUGUCGGCAGGUUCAGGUGCUCAGUUUCAACAGCGUGAGUGAUUUCGAGCAUCUCUAUCGGCAUCCCGACAUUUGGUGAGUCCUCAUAGUUUGGGGACUUAGUCAUUUAGUUUUUCAACUUAUUAGUAUAGAUGAUUCAAUAUUUUUAGACAGUUCGAGUCAGCUGGGGGUUUGUCCCGAUGACUCUCUAGAUAUUAGUAGUAGAGACUUGUCUGGCUGUUAGAUAUGAUUCAAAUUUUCAGUAUUGAUUGAUCAGACUCUUGAGUCUAGUAUUUUCAAACAUUAUAUUCAGAUAAUUU